CCGGGAGGCAGCCGGGUGCUGGGCAUGGGCCCGCCGAGCCCCGCCGCCCGCAGCCCCCCCGGGCCGGGCGCCCUCCGGGUGCUCGACGCCCGCAGCUGACCUGGCUCCGUCCUCCGGAGAGGUAACGCCGGGGAGGCCGCUCGGGGCACCGCUCUGCCCAUCACCACGGCGUCAGGGACGGCGCCGGGGCCCCCCAGGACGGCGGCUCCCCCCGGCCCCCCAGCGGCCCCCGCCAUGCCCGGCGCGGCCCUCCGCCUGCUCUGCGGCGUGCUGCUGCCCGCCGCCGUCCUCCGCGCCGAGCCGCUGCCCCGCGUCGCCUUCGCCGCCGGAGACCCGCGGCGGCCGCUCGCCCGCUUCAGCCUGCCCAACGUCUCCGACUACGACGCGCUGCUGCUGCGCGGGGACGAGGACGAGCUCUACGUGGGCGCCCGCGACCGGCUGCUGGCCCUGGCCGUCGGCGGCCCCGGCCCCCCGCUCGCCACCGCCUCGCUGCCCUGGGCCCCCACGGCGGAGAAGGCCUCCGAGUGCGCCUUCAAGAAGAAGAGCCAGGAGACCGAGUGCUUCAACUUCAUCCGGGUGCUGGUGGCCCUCAACCGGACCCACCUCUACGUCUGCGGCACCUACGCCUUCAGCCCGGCUUGCGCCUACGUCGAUCUGGAGAACUUCACGCUGGUGGCCAGCGGCAGAGGACAACCCUUCCUGGACGGGAAGGGCCAGUGCCCCUUCGACCCCCAGCACACCCACACGGCCCUGCUGGUCGACGGCGAGCUCUACGCGGGCACCAUGAACAACUUCCAAGGCAACGAGCCCAUCAUCUCCCGCUCGCUGGGCGGCCGCCCCGCGCUCAAGACGGACGCCUUCCUGCGCUGGCUCGCAGCCGACGCCGCCUUCGUGGCCUCCUUCUCCGCGCCGGGCGACGACAAGGUCUACUUCUUCUUCGAGGAGACGGCCGACGAGUUUGACUUCUUCGAGCGGCUGCUGGUGCCGCGGGUGGCCCGCGUCUGCAAGGGGGACGUCGGCGGCGAGAAGGUGCUGCAGAAGAAGUGGACGACGUUCCUCAAGGCGCAGCUGGUGUGCGCGCAGCCCGGCCGCUUCCCCUUCAACGUCAUCCAGCACGCCUUCGCCCUGCCCCGCCGCGCCGGCCGCGCCGACUUCUACGCCGUCUUCACUGCGCAGUGGCAGGCGGGCGGCUCGGCCGUGUGCGCCUACAGCCAGGAGUCGGUGGAGCAGGUCUUCGAGGGCAAGUACAAGGAGCUGAACAAGGAGAGCUCCCGCUGGACCGUCUACGGGGGGCCCGACAUGAGCCCCCGGCCCGGCAGCUGCUCCGUGGGCCCCUCCUCGGACAAGGCGCUGACCUUCCUGAAGGACCAUUUCCUCAUGGACGGGAAGGUGCUGCCCGGCCGGGGGGAGCCGCUGCUGGUGCGCGCCGGCGUCAAGUACACGCGCAUCGCCGUCGACGAGCCCCGCGGCCUCGCGGGGACCGCCUACCGCGUCCUCUUCCUGGGCACCGCCGACGGCUUCCUGGACAAGGCGGUGGAGCUGCCCGGGGCGCCGCACGUCGUGGAGCGCAUCCAGCUCUUCCCCGCGCCCGAGCCCGUGAAGAACCUGCUGCUGGCGCCCGGCAAGGGCCUGCUCUACGUGGGCUACUCCGGCGGGGUGCUGCAGAUCCCCCUGGCCAACUGCAGCGGGUACCGGAGCUGCGCCGAGUGCCUGCUGGCCCGGGACCCCUACUGUGCCUGGGACGGCCACAACCGCUCCUGCCGGCCCGCCCGCCUCGCCGGCGCCCACGCCAGCGGCUGGCUGCAGGACGUCGAGACGGGCCAGCCGGCAGCCGCCUGCCACCGCGGGAGGAGCGGGGCGGCCCCCCGCGCCCGGGGGGGGCCCGACGGCGCCGCCGUAGAGACCCUGAGCCCGCCGCUGCACGCCGUGGUGCGGCUGCCGUGCCCGCGGCGCUCGGCGCUGGCCGCCUACGCCUGGCAGCAGCCCGGCGAGCCCCCCGGCGCCGCCGCCGCCCUCCUGCCCGACCACACGCUGCUGGUGCUCAUGCGGCGCGGGGCCGCCGGCGCCUACCGCUGCCAGGCCACCGAGAACGGCUACACCUGGACCGUGGCCCACUACCUGCUGCGGGAGCCGGCGGGCGCCGAGGAGGCGCCGGGGCGGCCGGCGGCCGGCCACCACCGCUCGUACUGGCCCCAGUUCGUCACGGUGACGGUGCUGCUGGCGGUGACGCUGGCGGCGGCGGCGUGCGUGGCCUUCGGCGCCUACCACGAGCAGCUCAAGGCCCGCAGGAAGGUGCGGGGCUGCGGCGCGGCCCCCCCGCCGGGGCGGCCCGAGAAGGAGCCCCUGCGCGCGGAGGCCCCCCCGCCGCCCGCCGCCGCCCCCCCGGCACGCUGCCUCCAGCUCCGCGACGCCGACGCCGACGACGGUGCCGAGCGGCUCCCGGCGUAGGGCCGCCCGGCUCCAUCUCCAUCUCCGUCCCCGUGCCCGUCCCCGUCCCCGGCAGCGGGAUGCAGCCGGCGGCUUUCUCCCGGGGAUGGGGACCGGCGGCUGCGAAUGUGAAGCUUUUCUUUCCCCCUUUCUUUUGUUUUUUUUUUUAAUUUAAUACAAAUGGUUUAACGUAAA